AUGGCAGACGCAAUCAUUACACAAGCUGAUCAAUUGCACAUUGAGCAAAAGUAUGCUGAGUUGCUAACUUUGAUGGAGGGCGCCUUCAAGACAUACCCAGACAAUGAUGAGAUUACAUGGCGUCUGGCAAGAUGCUACUUUGACAAGGUGGAGGAGGAGAAGAUCGCCAACGCCGUCAAGAUCAAGGAGCACGCCGUGCGCUCGCUCGAGCUCAAGCCAAACGACCCCACCACGCUCCAUCUGCUCGGCCGUUGGUGCUACAGCGUUGCCAACAUUGGUUGGGCUGAGCGCACCAUUGCCUCGGCACUCUUUGGUACCCCACCCACCGCCACCUUCCAGGAGGCCCUCGACUACUUCCUCCAGGCUGACCAGCAGGACCCACUACUCGUCCGCAACGUGCUCUACCUUGGCGACACGUACGCCGCCCUCAAGGACAACGUCAAGGCCAAGGAGUACUACGUCAGAGUGUCAAAGAUGCAGCCAAGAUCAGAGAUUGAGAAGGCCCAAGUUGCCGAGGGUCUGAAGAAGUCAAAGUAA